AUGGAGGCAGUGUAUUUGCCGAAUUCGCAGGCAGACUUUCAAACUCAGUUAACUAUAAUCGAUAAACGGUUAGAACGAGCCAGGAAAAAAAGGGACGAGUACCUGAAGCUUCUGAAGAAUAAAUAUCCGCAAUGGACUUCCAUGGAACUGCAGACACGGCGGCAACAGUAUCCAAAGUAUUACCAACCAACAUUAUUGCUCGACAAACUUGAAACUGCCAAAUACCACUGGGAUUCGCAAAACCUCGAUAAAAGGAGAAAAGUUCCUCUUCCACAAUUGGAACCUUAUUCAAGCAUUCCUAACAGUGGCCCCUUAUUGGGUAACGAAAUCGCCGCCAUAAAAAGACGCCUAAAUAGAAUUGCCGAAGAUCUUAGAGACCUUCGAAGUCAUCGUUUACACCUAUCUUCUGCUGAGUUCUAUGCGACUCUGGAAACUCCGAACACCUUACUGGCCAAGCAUGACGGUAACGCUGAGAGGACAGAUGGGUUUUCAACCUUACGAAAACUUAUUGAAAGAAUAGACUGCGAAGCAGAGGUUCCCGUUGAAGAGCCAAAUAGUGACGACCUUGCAACCAUAAAAAUAGAGGAACUGUUAAAAAAGUACAAAGACGUCACUGAAAAUCCAUCCUUUAUUAAUUCAGAAUCACCAAAAUCUCCAGAGGUCAAAAAUGAACAACCAGCAUCCAGCUACCAGAAACUUCUUAGUAUGAUCAAGAAUGAAAAUGGUCCUGACUCAUCAGAUAAUGACGAUUUCGAUCCAUCUUUCGCACAAUCGACGCCUAUUCCCUCCAACCCUUCAAACAAACCGAAAAACACCAACGAGAAACAGUCAAAAACCGCAACAGACGGUCAGCAAAGCGACUUUAGAAUGAACUUUCUCGGUGCUGCACAACUGUCCGACUCAACCGACAGCGACUCAGAUACACCAAAGGGGCUUGCGAUGAACGUUACCUGCAACGACAACCUUGAUUCCGACUCUGAUUUCUUCGGCUAA